GUUGGUGCAAGCUUUUUUGUUAUAAUUCUAUUGAAAAUUGUGAUAAAUUAGAGUAUUUUGUGGAGUUUCUCGCUUCCUUGCCGGUGACUAUGAAUGUAUCGAUCGAGAGGAAACGCACGGAUUGUGCCGCCCUGCCCAAGGGUUGGCAGCGAGAGGAAGUUCUGCGGAAGUCCGGCCUCUCUGCUGGGAAGGUGGAUGUUUACUACUACAGCCCGACGGGUAAGAAAAUCGAAAGUAAACCCCAGCUGGCCCGAGCCCUCGGUGACACGAUCGACCUGUCCACGUUCGACUACCAAGCCGGGCGGGUCGUUCCGAGUGCAACCCACAUGAUGCUUCAACAUAAUGCCCUCAAACGGAAGCUCAGCGUUACGCCGCCAACCGGAUCGUCCAGCAGCAGCAGCAAUCCAGCACCGGCUGGGCCCAAUCUACCACCACCGGUUCCGAUAUACAACCAGCUACCGUCGGCAGGAAGGCCCCAACAUCAUCAUCACCAUCAUCAUCAUCAGCAGUUCGAUUACAGUCGAGGAAUGCGAGCGGACACUUCCCUCAUACCACCGAUCCGGCAAACGGCUUCCAUUUUCAAACAACCGGUGACGGUUGUAAGAUCGCAGGAGGGCGACAGCAAGGUCAAACGAGAACUACAGCACGGUUCCCAGGUGAAACCGAAGCAGUUAUUUUGGGAAAAGCGCUUGGAGAAUCUUCGCGCCAACAAUACGUUCAACGAGGAGAUCGGCGCACUGGAGCUUCCAAAGCGGCUGAAAUCCGUGGGACCGGCUGUGAACGAGGCCACCGUCCUGCAGUCGCUGGCCACGGCUCUGCACAACAACACGCAUCCGGUGACGGGUCAAACCGCGUCCAAAACGUCCCUCAACACCAACGCCGGGGUUUUUCUCAACCCGGACCAACCGCUGAUGCACGUGACAACGGUGACCGAAGAUGACAUCAAGCGACAGGAGGAGCGGGUCCAGUUUGCGCGGCUGAGGCUGCAGGAUGCGCUGCGUGCUUAGUUAGGAUCAGAGGUAAUCUCGGUGUGGUAAAUUAUUCCCUUAGGUGUAACGCGCUUUUCUACUACGUAUGGAGUGAACAUUUUCAACUUAUUUCCGUGCAUGGAUGUGUGAAAGAAUAAAUCUCAACCUUUUAGUGAUAA